AAAGCAUUUUGAGGCGGAUCGGCAAAAACGGAGUUUCGGGUUGAGAUACUUAAUUCGAGGUUAUAGAUCUUUGUAAUAAAAAAAUACACACAAUAUACUAAAGUUAUUUCAUCAUUAGGUCCAUUGGAGAUCAAUCAUCAUUUUCAUCCAACAUUUUUUUAACAUCAGCGUGGCACAAGGUGUACCUACCACAAAAACAAAAACUUUUACAUACUCGCUUCUUUGAACAUUUUCCGAAUACACUGAAAUCUAACGAUCUGAACGAGCUUAGCCUUCCUUUCACAUUCGUCUUCUUGUAAAUAUUCUUCACCCGUUCAUUUCUCUCAGUGUAUUUUGACUUCUUUGCUGAUGUACAUCCAUACAUAUAUAUCAGCUGAUAGGCCGGCCGCGGAUUGCUUUUGCAACAGCUGACUUAAUUAUCUUGUUUUUUCCAUUCAUGUAACAAUAUAUUUUUUAAAAUAAAAACUAGUACUUAGAUAUUGUUUUAGAUAUGUUUAAUUUUUUAAAAAGUCGCCCAGUGUUUUGGGCAAGUGUAACAGGCACCACAGUAGGUGUUGCGUUCUUCAUUAAAGAUUUAAUGCAAGGAGAAAAGUUCAACAACUCUAUUAAAGCUGAAAACAAAGUAGUAAUUGUUACUGGCGCUAAUACAGGUAUUGGCAAGGAGACCGUGCUUGAACUGGCGCGACGUGGAGCUACUGUUUACAUGGCUUGUCGCGAUAUGCAGAAAUGUGAAGAGGCUCGCGAGGAAAUCGUUUUAGAAACCUUCAACAAACAUGUAUACUGCCGGCAAUGUGAUUUGGCGUCAUUGGAAUCAAUACGUAAAUUUGCAGAUAAUUUUAAAAAAGAACAGCAACGUCUGGAUAUUCUUAUCAACAACGCUGGCGUAAUGCGUUGUCCACGCUCCCUAACGAAGGAUGGGUUUGAAAUGCAGUUAGGUGUUAAUCACAUGGGACACUUUCUGCUCACUAAUUUGUUGCUGGAUUUGUUAAAAAAAUCAGCACCGAGCCGUGUUGUUACCGUUUCAAGUCUGGCGCAUACGCGUGGUGAAAUCAAUGUAGCCGAUUUGAAUAGUGAUAAAUCAUACGACCCAGGCACGGCUUAUAAUCAGAGUAAAUUGGCAAAUAUAUUGUUUACACGUGAGUUAGCGAGACGUUUGGAAGGUACUGGCGUUACAGCGAACGCGCUACAUCCGGGCGUAGUAGAUACGGAAUUAUUCAGACAUAUGGGCUUCUUUAAUAGUUUCUUUGCAAAUAUGAUAUUCAAACCAUUGUUUUGGCCUUUCAUUAAGGCACCACAAAAUGGUGCUCAAACCACAUUGUAUGCUGCCUUAGAACCAGAAUUGGCUAAUGUAUCCGGCAAAUACUUUAGCGAUUGUAAUUUGAAGGAUGUUGCGCCCGCUGGCACAGAUGAUGCUCUAGCCAAAUGGCUCUGGGCUGUUAGUGAGAAAUGGACUAAGUUAAAUAAUUGAUUUUGCUUAUGAUAUAAUUUAUACACACAUAUUAAAUAAAACCAUUUUUGAUUUUAAA